AUGCCCGACACGGAUGAAACACAACACCCGGAGGGACACUGGCGCAACGCCGUGGUCCCUCCCAGUCUGAAGCUGCCCCACCCCUCCACGAACGAGAUCGUCCGCAGGUGUCUGAUGCCUGUGCGUGCCAAGCUGUCACGCCUUUUUUCCUGCUUGUUGCCCUGCCGCUCUGGUGUGCCAGCGGGUGCUUCGCCGCGGCGCUGCCUUCCCUUUCCGCGUGCCACGGCCCCCUCUUCCUCCCCAUCCCCUCUUUCUUUUGCUUUUUCCUCUUCCUUCCCUGGCUGCUGUGACUGGCGGGGGCGUGAUGCUGAACCGAAUGCUCUUGACACCUCUUCUGACACNGUGUCUGAUGCCUGUGCGUGCCAAGCUGUCACGCCUUUUUUCCUGCUUGUUGCCCUUUUGCUGUUGUUGUUAUUUUUCCGUUCUCUUCCCACACGCUUCUUUCCGCGGAGAGCCACGGAAAGAGAGAGCUGUGCAUGCGCAAAGCAUAGCGAGUCACAUUUGAAGUGGGAAUAUGAACUUCUGCGGCGCAGAGUUGGCGUUGCCUGCCGGUCUCUGCGAGUGCCAGUGUCUUGCUGUGACUUGCAGUAUCUUGGCUCGGUGUAUGAUGUGUUGCGGAGCGGUGUGCUGCUGCGCGUGUAG